AUGAGAGGUGGACAGAUGGAGUCCUGGGUCUGUGUGGAGAAUAUCCUGUUGGAGGCUCUGAUUGAAUUGUAUAUCUCUCACUCUGGUAAUUUUUCCUCAUUCUCACCAGGUCCGUGUCUUUUCUCCCCUACUUCAAAUUCUCCUUCAGGCAUGCUGGAGCUUGUGGUCCUGACUAAAACAGGCGAAUAUCUGUUUUGGACCUCUCCCUGGGCCAAAUAUGUCACAAAAACAUUUGAUUCUGUCACCUAUGACUGGACUCACUGGGACCCUCUACAACGAUACCAGGAGAUGAAUUGCUCACUGAAGAAGAGUGGAUUGAUAUCUGGGCCCUUUCUCUCUCGCAUCAGUUCGCCUGAGGAAAAGAUUGCCUCGUACAAAAACUUCACCAGAGAUGUGCUUCCUCGCAUUAAGGAUCUUGGAUACAACUGUGUCCAGCUCAUGGCAAUCAUGGAACAUGCCUACUAUGCAAGCUUUGGCUAUCAGGUCACUAACUUCUUUGCAGCUUCCAGCCGCUUCGGCACUCCUGAUGAUCUGAAGCAUCUGGUUGAUACUGCACACUCCAUGGGCAUCACGGUUCUUCUGGACGUGGUCCAUAGUCACGCCUCCAGCAACACAGAAGAUGGGCUGAACUACUUUGAUGGGACGGACUCCUGCUUCUUUCACGGAGGCUCCAGAGGAAACCACUCACUGUGGGGUAGUCGACUCUUCAAUUACUCCAGCUGGGAGGUAGUGUGGUUCCUGCUCUCCAACCUGUGCUGGUGGAAGGAGGAGUAUCACUUUGACGGCUUCAGGUUUGACCAUAGGCUUACGCCACUGGCAUUUGACGCUGUGACUUCAAUGCUGUACCAACACCAUGGCAUUGGCAAGUCAUUUUCGGGCAACUACAGCGAGUACUUCGGAAUGCAUGUGGAUGAAGACGCACUUGUCUAUCUGAUGCUGGCCAAUCACAUUCUCCACAAGCUCUACCCACAAUGCAUCACUGUAGCAGAAGAUGUAUCAGGGAUGCCAGGCCUGUGCAGGUCUAUUGAAGAGGGAGGACUGGGCUUUGAUUAUCGUCUGAGCAUGGCUGUGCCAGACAAAUGGAUCCAGGUCCUGAAGGAAGUUGGGGCUGAGGACUGGGAUUUGAAGAACAUUGUUCACACCCUUACCAACAAAAGAAGAGGGGAGGCAUCUAUCACUUAUGCUGAGAGCCAUGACCAAGCAUUGGUUGGAGACAAGUCACUGGCGUUCUGGCUGAUGGACAAAGAUAUGUACACCAACAUCUUAUUGCCAUGA